ACACUUGCAGAGUUUCCCAAUUUGUGUUUGUGGCACAUUAUUUGUGUCGAAUUGAUAGUGCUGAGUAAUUUUGGUCAGGGUGCUUUAUUCCUGAUUUGUUUCGUUGUUGUCACGAUGCCAAGUCUGUUACUGAGCGCGAGCCAGGCUGCCUGAUCGUCAACCUGUACAAGAAACUUCUACCAGGUACAUGAACUGACAUGCAAGUGAUGUCGCUAAAGCCUAGGAAUGUGGACUUCCAAGAGAUGUGGGCCAGUCUCAAAGAAACGGUGGCUGGUGUUGUAGCUUUGCAGGCGGUGGAACGCGGUGUCUGGAACACUCGUUUCUCAGAUGUGUACGCCCUUUGUGUGGCGCACCCCGAACCCCUCGCCGAUCGCCUGUACGACGAGACCAGAAACUUUUUAGAAGAGCACGUGGCUGGUUUGCUCGAGAGAGUACAACGCUCAGCGCCCUUAGAAAGUAGCGACUACAACGAUGGUCUACUCAACAGGUACGUGGCAGCGUGGCAUGAAUACAGUCAGGGCGUGGCUUACCUUAACUCCCUGUAUUCUUACCUGAACUUGCAACACGUCAAACGGCAAAAGGUUUCAGACGCAGAGAUAAUUUAUGGGUCUUCGGCAACCGUCAGCUGUCCCCAACACGAUUCAAGACAGUUAGAGGUGGGUGAGCUAGGUCUCGUGACGUGGGAGCGUGUGUUAGUACGUCCGCUGGCCACUGCGCUCAGUUCGCGACUAGUAGCGGCUUUGAACGCGGCGAGGGAUUCCACACCGGACCCCUCAACGGCAGAUACGCUGCGAAGUGCCAUACAUAGCACCGUGCACGUACAGGCGUUCAGAGUCCGUGCUCCGCUCUCCCUAUAUGUGGAGUUGGUAUUGGAUCCGUUUCUAGCAGCAGCAACCACACAUCACUCUCGACGUGCUGCGUGUUUGCUGGCCGAAGGAGAUAUCUCGCACUUCAUGAAAUACGUACUUGAUGGUCUCGAACGCGAAAUAUCGUUGGCGCGGCGCUUCCUCCAUUCAUCCUCAAUAGAAGCAGUCAGAGCAUGUUACGAGCAAGCGUGCGUUGAAGCGCAUUUAGCCGCUCUAUACGCUGAUAUAGAACGACUGUUGAAGGAAGCCAGUGCAGGUAGUAUUGAGAGGCAGGACGAUUUAAGACGAAUGUAUGCCCUACUCAAGCCGUUGGGAGCUGACGCCUUGAGACCAUUAGUGGAUGCAGCGCAUCAUCAAGCCGUUAGAGAUGGCCUGGCCUUGUUGGACGCUGAACAUCCUAAAGAUGAGGCGCAUUCACACUUCGUGCAAUCUAUGUUGUCGCUGCAUCACAAAUACAGUGAGCUUUUUUCCGACGUUUUCGGCGGAGCUCAACCCUUCGUCGGAGCAUUGGACAAGGCAUGUAGCGCAGUGGUCAACCGCCGUUGGUCGGGGGAGCCGUGCGCCCGUGCUCCGGAAUUGGUCGCGCGGUACUGCGACACGCUGCUAAGACGUCGCGGGGCCGACUCGGAGGCGGACGACAAGCUUGCCUCCGCGAUCGUCGUGUUCAAAUACGUCGACGACAAAGACGUGUUCCAGAAACAUUACGCGCGUGCGUUGGCCAGAAGAUUAAUACACCAGCUUUCCGCUUCAAUGGAACAGGAAGAGGCUAUGAUCAACCGACUGAAAGCGGCUUGCGGUUACGAGUUCACCAACAAACUGCAUCGUAUGUUCACGGAUGUUGCAGUUUCCGCGGACCUUAACGCGAAGUUUCAACAACACCUGCGUGACAAUAACCUCACCACUAACACCGGAUUCUUUAUACAGGUUUUGCAGGCGGGCGCGUGGCCACUAGGUGGCGCGAUGGCACCUCUAGCGCCACCCGCUCAAUUGGAGCGACCUGCUCGACUGUUUGAGGCGUUCUAUCGAGCGUCGUUCAGCGGACGACGACUGGCCUGGCUACACCACCUAUGUACGGGUGAGCUGCGUACAAAAUACACGCAGAGAAUGUACCAUCUCAGCGGUACGACACCACAGUGCGCGCUACUUCUAAUGUUCGAGAACACUGAUGUUGUGUCGGCUCGGGAGGCCCGCGAGACCUUGCAAGUAACCGAAGAGGCCUGGGCUAGACACGUGAAACCUCUGAUAGACGCGGGCCUCCUCACCGCAAAAGGGGAGCUCCACUUUGAUUCCCCGGAAAAUGAUGAAGGAGAAUUGGUUUUGAAUUUAAGUUUCACCUGUAAAAGGACGAGAAUAAAACUCACAUGCGCGGCGGCUCCACCUAACCAAGGAGGCGGUGCGGGUUCUAGUAGCGGGGCAACCAGUAGUGAAACUGCCCAUUGUGAUGACGACAGGAAAAUGUACCUCCAAGCUGCACUCGUGCGCAUCAUGAAACAAAGAAAAGUACUCCGUCACACGGAACUUAUACAAGAAGUGGUAUCACAGGCGCGUGGAUCUUUCGCUCCCUCCGUGGCCAUGAUAAAGAAAUGUAUCGAAGCCCUCAUAGAUAAGCAAUACCUAGAAAGAGCCCCUGGGACACUGGACACCUAUUCCUACCUUGCGUAAAACGAACUACCACCAUCACCGUCCUCAGAGUAAAUAAAUACAACUCACGUCACGAAAGUUGGAUACGCGUGUCGGUCCAAAGUUGAUCUCACAUAACGCUAGAGUUCACGCAAUCUCACCUCACUGGACUGAAGUUGAUUUUACGAGACCUUCGCAUAUACUAUGCCAGUUAACACUUUACCUGGGAAUCGCCUUAAUCGGAUGCCUAGUCAUUUAGGUGAUUCCUAGAGAAAAUAUAAGUUUUACGAACUCUUGUGUGAUCUCUAAAGACGUUAGGCGCCGUCUUAAGUUACGACACCGAUUCGGCGGAUCGUAAAGUUUAGGGGACGCCUCAACUGACUCUUGACACACGAAAAAUCUGUCAAGAGUCAGAAGUGUAAGUUUUUAUUAAUAACCUUGAAUCCAUACAAAAAUGAAAAUAUGAUAAUACGAACACAAAAUACCAUAACCAUAGACAAGUUAGGUGAUAUCAGUUGCCUAGUGAAAUCGAACGUGAUAUCUAUGCUAGCCUAGGAAUCUUCUUUGAUUAAGCGUUACUUACUUCGACAUUGCCUUGUACGUAUGCCUGUUUUUACUAUAACCCUACCUGUCUAUGAUUCUUGCCACAAGAGGUUAUAUUUUGUGUUUGUAUCAUCAUACUUUACAUUUUUCGUAUAGAUUACUGGUUUAUCAUCUGUCAAGUGUCAGUUUACGAGUUCCUUAAACAUUACACAUUAGAGGGCGCCUAACAUCGUUUUCUAGGUUUAAUGAAAAUGGCCAUUAUACUCCACAAAGAUGACCCACUGGCGACCAACUUCAGUCCAGCCAACUUAGAUCGCGUAGUAGACAUUUUUUUUCUAGCCGCUUGACUCUUUUUGUUUUUGGCUCGAUUUCAUGCAGUGGCGUGCAUAAAUUGCUCUAUCAGGGUAGGAAAACAAUUUUAUGAGUUUAGUGCCACUGCCAAGUUUUACUCCCAUUCGCAAAAUACGUAAAUCCGUGGCUUUCCAGUACCGGAUAUACAUAUUUUUUACAGUAAGCAGUGUAUUUAUUACGUUUGUGCUGCACGCCACUAAUACCCAGUUCGUGCAAAAUAAUGGCAUCACGAUCCAGUCCGUAGUGGCGUUGACAACGGAGCGCUAUGUAAGAAUUGACGUUCCCAACCGGGGCAAUAAGAAAGCAUAACGAGAAACCUACAUUUCAACUAUUAAUAAGAUAUCACAUACUAAACAGCCGGUCUAGUAUGAUAUAUCUUAUCAAAUUUUUUGAAUGUGUUGCUAGUGAAAAUGUGAAUAGCCUCAGAAAUAAAACACUUUGUCGCAAGAAAAUAUAUUGCGCCCGAUGAAAUCUAGUCAAGCUAUCAAAAAUAGCAUUAACAAGUCACAAUUAUUGCAUCUUCUUAGUAUGUGUUCCCCACUCUAUACAGUCGUUAUAAGACUGAUAUAAAACGCAUAUUCUAAAUUCCGUAUCGGCGAUAGGAGAGUCGUAGCUUAGUGGCUAAAGCGCUCAGUCCGCGAGUGCCAGAGUCGCAGGUUCUAAACCUGUCAGUUCCGAGAAUUUUUAUAUGCAUUUUAAAUUCAUAAAAAGAAACACAUGUUUUGCCUAACUAAUAACAUGGCUAUAGCCAACAUAAAACAAAUCUUAUCGAUAAACCAUAUUGAAAUCCAAGGACGCAAUAUAAGGCCACUUGAAAGUGGGUGGACCGGGGGUUAAUUACCCAAAAUUGGUUCGACUAUAUUUUCUUGAGAUCAAUUCUUUUAGUGAAAUAAAUACAAUUUUACCUAAAGAAAUACGCAGUGACAAAACCAUAACAUCAGCAUUUACAUUUAAGGUCAAAUUAGUUCGCGGAUUGCUUUGGCAACUGAGAAAAUUUAACCUAGACUAUUUUGAGGGAGGUUCUAACGGAAAAAUCGUAAAGAAAGUUGCGAGGAAAAUAAGAAAACUUAACAACUCGACUUUUCCAAGCUAGUUUGACAUGACUAUCAGUAUUUACUGAUCGCGCGCUGCAAACGUCGGAAUCUAUAGAUGAUUUAUACUAAUACUAUAAAUAGAUAAAGUUUGUGAGAUUUAUUUUAUCACACAGACUAGUAAAAUUAAUAUUCUCCGCAUCCUGAAACUCACAUGAGGUUGUAAUCUCUGGACUGAUUUUAAAAAUUCUUGUUUUGUUGAAUUGUCUAUUUAUCAAGGUACAUCACGCUACGACUAAUAAGAGCAGAACAUCAAGAAAAAAUGUUGCAAACACGGGAAAAUAUUUAUUUUGAGAGCUUCGUGCGAUCAGUAAUAAAGUUACGUCAAAAUAUAACGGAAUUGUUUCUGUUCAAUAGUUCUAAAAAUGAGCCCGCGACAUCAUAUGUCUAUCUUUUAAGGUUGAUUCAUAUGCGGACAAAGUCGCGGGGUAUAACUAAUAUAUAUAAUUAUUUUGUACGUGUGUUGUCACCUAAACGGCUGGACCGUUUUGGAUGAUAUGUUUAUUUUCAAUUGAUUCCUAGAUGGUUUAAAAGUACAAUUGGAUCCGAUAGCUGGCGUUGCUUUAUAGGCAGAAAGACGUCUGCCGAGUCCGCGUAGUAUAUAAUUUUAUCAAUAUAGAGUGUUACUGAUACGCUUUACGAUAACUCUUAAGUUACGCCCUAGAACCCCUUUUCCAGCUAGUCUUAUAUAAUUGUUAUUAAACUAACAUACAAUGUGAAUUUAUCUCAUUUUAUCCCGUCGCUGCUGAUAUUAAUUUAUUGCUGUUAUUGGUUGCACUCCAUCGGGGCCAUGACGAAAAAUAUCUUUUUUAUUUUUAUGCAAAUAAAUAUUUGUUUUAUUA